AUGGCCACGGGGGUUGGCGGUACCGCCGCUUUGUCGCCGGACGGGGAGAGACUGGCCUGGGUCGUCUUUGCGGGCUCUCCGUCGAAGGUCUAUCUCACUGUUUGGAGCGUGCGUGAGUCCUGCGUUAUCAGCAUUUCUGAGGUCACCAAGAUUUAUCCGAGACGCUGGUCGGCUCUGGGCUGGGCAAGGGUUGUCUUUUCGCCAAACGGCAGGUACUGCAUUGUGGUUGUCAAUUGCGCGAAGAAGGUGCUCAGGGUGGAAAGCGUGGACGGCGAGAUUGCGAGGACCAAACUCUGUCGCUUUGUCACAGCAGUAUUUGAGAUGAGCGGGGAUAGGGGCGCGUUGCCGGUUCGGGAGCGAUGCGACUGGCUGGAAAUGUCGCCUGGGACGUUUGCGCAGGGCUUGUGUGCGGCGGUGACAAGCGCGGUGCAGGGGCUUGUUCUACAUGUCGGGACCGCGCAUUUGUUCGGCGAAGACAAGGUGUUACUAAGCCGGAGGAGGCAGUAUCAUGAGUCUGCGCUUCUGCUGAAUUGCAUCCACUCAUGCCCAGGGGAGGCGUCGUACAAGGCGCUGUCGUUCGGGCGGGCUACGAGGCAUCCGUGGUUUGUGACAAAGCAGCCUAUGUACUCGUUUCUGUUUGAUAUGGCUGGGAAGCGAGUGCAUGUGGCGACGUCGCCGCAUGCGAAUGCGAUGCUGACGAUGGUUAAGAUGGACGGGGAGAAGGACGGCUUUGAGGUCGAGCAGCAGAAGGAGGAGCGGAGGAGGUGGAGGGACGGCCCCGUGAAGAGGAGGCAUGUUUUCAAGAACAUGCCUUGGAGGACGAGUUUUGCAACAGUGACGGCGUUUUCUUUGACGGGGAAAUGGAUCGCUGGGGCCAGUUUGUUGGAUGCUGACAAGUGUUGCGUGUGCGUCAGAAAUGUCACGCUAACAGAACUGUUUGGGUAAAAGUGAAUAGUCAUAGAACAGCAGCGACCUACCCUACAUUACAGAUUCGCGUGAUCCUUUAAUAGUUUUCAUCGUGAA